AUGAAGUUCAACUCGUUUGCUCUUACUCUGGCCACCGCCGGCUCCUUCGUGGCCGCUCAGCACCAGCCUCACCGUCACCACCACAAGCGCGACACCCCUACCGUCGUCAAGUACGUUCUCGAUGGCAACGCAAUUUCCGCUAGUGAAGUGUGCCAGGGCCUCCACGACGGCUCCCUGGAAUAUAAGCCCGGCGAGCCUACACCUGUCGUGGACCCCUGCCAGGAGGGCAGCGCUUCCUCAAACUCCAACCCGUCCUCCACCCUCUCUGUUGAACCAGCUGAGUUUGCUGAGACCUCUGCCUCCGCAACUCCGGCUUCGACCUCAACUGCUAGUACCUCGGCGCCUUCUUCCGGCAGUUCCAGUGGCUCUUCGGGUGGCAAAGGCCUUGGCCGUGACUUCCCCGAUGGUGAAAUCGAUUGCAGCAGUUUCCCGUCCGAUUAUGGAGCAGUCCCGCUUGACUACUUAAAGCUGGGGGGUUGGACUGGUAUUCAAUACCCCACUUACUCUGGCUCAUUCGUGAACCACAUUAGGACUGCUGUUGCUGGAAAUUCCUGCGACGAGGAGGGUGCUCUGUGCUCUUAUGCUUGCCCUCCCGGCUACCAGAAGGCCCAAUGGCCCCUGACCCAAGGCUCCACUGGCCAGUCCGUUGGCGGUCUUCAGUGCAAGGGCGGCAAGCUUUACCUCACUAACAAGGAGCUUUCUAGCAAACUCUGCAUUGAGGGCGUUGGAGGUGUCUACGCGCAGAAUAAACUGGGCGAAGAAGUUGCCAUCUGCCGUACUGACUACCCUGGUACCGAGGCCGAAACCAUUCCCCUGUCCCUUGGAAACAACGAGCUCCAGCCUUUGACCUGCCCUGAUGGCCAGAAAUACUUCAAGUGGCAGGGCAAGAUCACCUCCGCCCAGUACUAUGUCAACCCGAAGGGUGUCUCCACCGAGAAGGCCUGCCAAUGGGGCAAUGGUAAGGAGCCUAUUGGCAACUGGGCGCCUAUCAACCUCGGUGUUGGCGAGAACAAUGGCAAAUGGCUCUCUAUCUUCCAGAACGCUCCCACCACUACCGAGAAGCUUGACUUCAACAUUAAGAUUCAAGGUGACGACCUGAGCGGCUCGUGCAAGUAUGAGAAUGGCCAGUUCUCCUCCGAUACCGGCUCUAAUGGCUCUGGAUGCACUGUCCAGGUCAUGUCCGGUGAUGCCACCUUUGUCUUCUACUAA